GAUGAACAUUGCGAGAUGAAGCCAUCGAAUGUGACUCCUAGAACUCUAUCGCCCAUCGUUGAACGGAAGUUUAAAGAGCUGGAGAAGCGGCCGCAGCCGCAGCCGCCUCGGAGCUCUGAGGAGCUGGAGGAUCUGCACAAGCUGUUGCACUUCCCCGAGGAGGUGGCGCUCAGGUUGACGGAAAGCGAGUACCAGCUGUUCUACCAGGUACCGCCGCACGAGUAUCUAAGGCACGUGGCACAGGACCAGACCACGUUGCAGAAACCACCUGCCAGGCCACCCCCGUCGCCGAGUCGCAGCAGCCCCAGCACCAUCAACAGCUCGACCCAAACCGAGGAUGAAUCUUCCUGGCCUGUCGCCACAGUGUAUUCGACCGUGCAGACCCUCAUCGAUCGUUUUAAUGAGGUAAGCUCAUGGGUCACUCACGCGAUCACCAGCGGUGCUACGAUAGAGGAACGACAAGCUGUGCUGUCUUGUCUUCUACGCGUUGCGCUAACCUGUUGGAAUACCGGAAACUUUAAUUCAGCCAUGGAGAUAAUCGCCGGUUUGAAAUCCAACAAGCUAAAGCCGUUUUGGCAUAGCGUGAACGAGCCUAUACCGGUUAUGGAAUAUCUCUCCUCCGCCCUUCUGUCUUCCGAAUAUGAGUAUGCACUCGCUCGCGCUCUCGCGAUGCCGGAAUGUCCUGUGGUGCCAUUCUUCGGAGCCUUCCUGCGCGAGCUACGGGAAGUUAUUGCAUGCGAAACAAAGCCCCAGUUCGAGUUUAGGGAAAAUCGCGAUUCGCCACGUGGUAGCAUUAAGGAGAGCGAACCUCAAGAACACGUGCCUUUGUCUGCGCCGGCCGCCAGGAUCGCCGUCGAGAGUAACACAGAGACGCCGUCAGGAUGGAGUUCGAGGAGCGGAACCUUCAACAAACCGGAGAACCCCAUAGUACACGACACAAAUUCCGUUCUCGACAAAGUCGCCCUCUUUCACAAGCAUCGACAUGCUCGUGGCAGAGACGCGACCACCGGUUCCCUCCAUCGCACCCUGAGCGUCCACACGACCGCGAUCGAGCAAACGUACAUGGCGGAGGAAUGCGACGAGAACGACUAUCAUCUUGAUUUGGACUCCUACAAGCCCGUACAGCCGAUCAAGAUCGAUCAUGGAGUCUCUUUGUUUCCUGUUGCCGCGCCACACACCGGCAUGGAUCUUCAUCUCUUGCAGAUGCUACACCACGGCACGACUUUAGUGCACUGGGACUGCGAGGGUGGUACUUCGAGAACGGCGUUGGUUUUCGCACGCGUCGAUCGCGCCUGCGGCACCUUCGUCUGGGAGAAACCACCCUGGAGCCCCUUGAAAACGGCGCAAGUCGGCGGUACCGCUCUCACAGAAUUUUCAUUGACCUCGAACCCGGAGGACACGGUACCGGCGGGCCUAGUCAGCAGGUACGCGCAGCAGCCAGCUGAUUGCGCCUCUGUCACUCUAGAAGAGGGAUAUCUCGAUCUGGGAUCGGUGAAGGAGGUAAUGAUCGGCUGCUGCGAUCGCGACCGAGAGGCUGAUCUCAGGAGCAUCUGCAAGAGAUACGGCCUACCGGGCUCCGACUCCUGUAUCGGCCUCAUGUAUGGAUCGAAUCUUCCGGACAAUCGACUGAUCUUCCUACUUUGCCCCCCUGCCCUUAGCAAAAUAUGGUAUAUGGGAUUAUGCUGGAUACUGCGAGGCCUCAAACGACAACAGCAAUUAACAGAUCGUAGAUCACGCUGGUUGAAAGAAAAAUAUCUCCAAUUAUACUUUUCCUACUUCGAACAGCCGAUGGAAGGCUUGGAACAGCCGACGACAGCCGACGCUAUACGCGUUUUCGGCGGUCGCGACUGGUCCAUGACAGAAAGUGUUGGUACACUAUCUCCAACGAGCAGCAGCACUCUACGUAGACGAAACGUUAAAGGCAAAAAGACGAAAUCGAUUGGCAAUAUUCAUGCUUUAACCAAGGAUUUGAGUUUUAAACAAUAUGAUAUAUCCUCGACCUCGGAUGGAGGUGUAUUGACUACACCUCUUCGUCACAUUGCGGGGAGUAGAGAAUCCCUAACAAGGAUCUUACCAGCGUCACCAAGAGCUAGUCGAGACAGAAUUCCACCGCGUAGCCCGCCCGGUUCCGCUGAUCGUAUCGUCGCUUCCUUGCCUUACUCCACUUUCCACAAUCUGUUAUGUGUUGCCAGAGAAAAGGACAAGAACGGAUCCGGUGGUAUACCUGGUGGCUCAGAGGCUCCUUGGCAGGUGAAAGCGCGCACCACUUCGAUCAUGUACGAAACGCAAUUAAACUUUGUGGAGUUCGUCGCGCUUUUCCGAUCGUUCAGCUUACGAGCUAGGAAAGAUUUGCGAGAUUUAUUCGGCCAAUUAGCGAUCACGUGUCGUAGUCAAAGUGACGGAUCUUUAAGGGACUUUAGCAUGCGUCCAGCGGUACUCAGGCAGGCCAGCGACGCCACUCCGCAAAGAAUCGGUUUGCUGACAAGAAACAACUCUAUUGACUGUCAUGAAUAUAAGACGAGCAGCAAUCUGCAAAAGAAGCAGAUCUUUGAUGCAGUCGCGGCGGCAAGCAUAGUUAAUAAUUGCUCCGGCGUGGACACAUCGAAAUCUCAAGUAAUUACUCUGGCGACCUUUACGAAAUUCCUUGAGUCUCGGCAACAGGAAAAAUUGAGCGACGAGGAAAUCAAGACGCUCAUUAAGAGGCACGAACCGGACCCGGCACUUCGCACACAAUGGUGUUUGUCUUUCGAGGGUUUUGCGCGAUAUAUGAUGGACAAGGACAAUUACGCCUUUCCGUAUGAGCACGCGACACCGUCCGAAACCGAGAUGCAGCAGCCCCUGUCGCAGUAUUACAUCGCCAGCUCCCACAACACUUAUUUGACCGGGCAUCAACUCAAAGGAGAAUCCUCCGUGCAAUUGUAUUCACAGGUGCUCUUAACCGGAUGUCGCUGCGUGGAGCUCGAUUGUUGGGACGGUGACGAUGGAUCCCCGCUGAUUUAUCACGGUCACACAUUCACUACAAAAAUACCAUUUCGAUCGGUCGUGGAAGCGAUCAAUCGAAGCGCCUUCAUCAGUUCCCCUUAUCCCGUGAUCCUUUCCAUCGAGAACCAUUGUUCGCCAAGUCAACAAGCUCGCAUGGCUCAGAUAUUUCAGUCUGUUUUUGGCGAGAAAUUGGUGACAAAAUUUCUCUUCGAAUCCGACUUCGGUGAUGAUCCGCAAUUGCCUUCACCUUCGCAGCUUCGUUAUCGAAUUUUAAUAAAAAAUAAGAAACUGGUGGUCGAUCCUACCGGACCAUUGUCGCAUACGCCUCUCAGUCAUCGCGGAAAGAUGCUCAUGUCGGAUCGUGCAUCUUCUAUGAAGCAAAUGCGAACUGAUGUGAGCAGCACGUCGGUUGUCGAGUAUUUUAGCGAAGACGAGGAUGAUGAAGAGGACGAUGAUGAGGACGAUAAUAUCGAUGAUAACUCGAUCUCGAGCUACGAGAGGUAUCUAGGCAGCCAAGUACCGCACAGUCGUUUAAAAUCGGAUCCAGCGGUGGAUGACAAAUCGCAAAAACAGAGCAGUCAGAUAGCCAAGGAGUUGUCGGAUCUGGUGAUUUAUCUGCAGGCGAUUAAAUUUCGUGGAUUGAACACCGUGCCUGGGACAGCGGUGCCGGGAAAAAUACGACAUCAGUCGCAUACGGGGCCGGUUCAGAGGCACAGUAUCGCCGGUAUAGGACCCAGCAGUAUAGCAUCCUCUUCAGGAUCGCCGCAAUCUCUCUCGACGUCCGCCUCGAUCGCGAGCGGUGGUAGCAACAUCGAGAAUAUCUUCAGAUCCACUCGCGGAAUGCCAGCCUGCUUCCAAUGUUCGUCCUUGAACGAAAGCACGGCGAAGAAGAUUUGUAGGAAGCAACCAUUAGGCGUAGUCGCCCACGCAGAAACUCAAUUGAUCCGAACGUAUCCUGCAGGAAUUCGUAUCGAUUCCACGAAUUUCAAUCCUGUAAUAUUCUGGGCUUUCGGAAUUCAGAUGGUCGCGUUGAACUAUCAAACCGAUGACGCGGGAUUGAAUCUGAAUGCAGCCAUGUUUGAGCAAAAUGGUCAAUGUGGAUAUGUUAGAAAACCCUCGGUUAUGUGGGACAAAGGACACAUGAUGUACAGACGGUUCAAUCCUUGGGACAAGGAGUUCGAUGGUCUGCACUCUGCGCACUUGAGUCUGUCAAUAAUCUCGGGACAAUACGUCUCACCUAUGAACCUCGUCACCAGCACGUACGUCGAGAUCGAGUUGGUUGGUAUACCGAUCGAUUGCGCGAAGCACAAGACAAAGGUCAUUCAGAACAAUGCACUGAAUCCCAUCUGGAAUGAGAAGUUCUGCUUCCAAGUAAUGUUCAAGGACCUCGCGUUUCUACGUUUCGGUGUCGUCGAGGCCAGUUCCCAUCACCUGAUCGCGCAACGCGUAUUACCGCUCAAGUGUUUACGACCAGGCUAUCGACACGUACGAUUACGAUCUUGCAAGAACAAGCCGCUGGCCCUGUCUACGCUUUUCAUCUAUUCCCGGUUGGAGGAGGAGAGCUUGGACUAUAACACAUGCUGCCGCGAUCACAAGGAGUCGUCUAAGCGUCUCUCAUCGGGAAAAGAACCCGAAAAACUAAGCACGGUCGAUCCCGGCCUAGGUGGUGUCACCCUGAAGAGACGGAUGUUCUUUUUGAUGGUUUACCAUGUGAUACCGGAUGAGCCGUACACUAUUCUGAAGGUGACUCAGGAGAGUACCACGCAAGAAGUGAUGUUGCAGGCGUUACAGAAAGCCGGGAUAUCACCCGAACAUGUAGACGAAUACAUCUUAGUGGAGGAAGUAUCUCGCGGAUGGGAGAAAAGAGAAAGAGAGGAAUUGCCGACUCAACGCGUAUUGGAUCCUACCGAACAUCCUCUUCAGGCACAGGCCCUGUGGAAGGGUCAAGGUCGCUUCCUCCUGAAGCGAGUGGGCGACGAUCCGAGCAGCAGAGCCUGGCUCGCCUCCAUCAGAAGCACGGCCGGCCAUUCGAAGCUCAACGAUUCCAACUCGAGGGACCAAUCCACUCACAUAUGGGACGAGGCGGACACCUUCCUGGUCUGUAUCUACAACGUCUCGCCAGAGAUCCCUUAUGCGAUUCUACGUGUGCCGGUGAGCAGCUCGGCGCAGGAUGUAUUGGCGCAAGCUCUGAUAAAGGCUAGGAGAAUGGAGAACCCGUCCAAGUUCGCCCUGGUCGAGGAGCUAGAAUGGGGCGGCGCCGGUGCCGUCGGAAGCGGAAAUCGUCAGCUGAGAGUGUUGAACGACGACGAGAAUGUUUACAGCACGCAAGCGUUCUGGAAGACCCUCGGCAGAUUCAUCCUCAGGGAAAGAGUGCAAGCUAUUCCGAGACGGCACCUGUUGCCCGCGACCCUCGACAGACUCAGUAAAGGAUUUUCCGUCGGUAGAUCGGUAUCCUUACCGGGAUCGAGCAAGGAGAAGGUUCCAGUUUCGGAAGCAUUGUCGGACCCGACUUCCAGAGUCCUGAGACAUCGGCUGCUGAUAUCAGGUCGUAGACGAGAAGUUCAUUCCGAUGGGGAGGAUGCGCGCGAAUUCGAUAUACCGAACGCCGUUCUUCACUUGAAAAAGGUCUCGUUAAGGAAAUUGAGAGUCUGGAAAUCAUAGUGGCAGUCAAGGGCGACGUCGAUAUCAUCGAUCUUCGCCGCUCGGAGAAAUCAAUUAUAAGUUUAUAAUUCAAUUAAUAUGAUCGGAAGCUAGUCUCGAUCUUGACGAAACAAUUCAUGUCGCCGAUCCUGCCGAGGAAUAAUCUCAAACGGAAGUAAGAAAUCGAAGGAUCUUACAUUGUCGAGAAUCUUCGCGAUACAAGUGUCACGAACGAAGAAAUUACAAUCAGUAAGUCUUUAAGUCAAAUGAUGAUAGGGUACGAUCAGAAUAUUUAAAUAUCAUCGCGUUACUAAAGAAAUAUCAGACAGCGCGUUUUUAUUAUGCGGCGAUAUUAUAAGAAAAAAUAAAACUCUGAGAAUUAGCAAAUUAAAAAAGCAAAAGAAAAAAUUGGUCACUUUAAAAAGUGAAAUGAUUCUUCGGAAAAUAUCAAUGAAAAUAACACGAGAUAUUCUUAAUUAUUCGAUUACGUGGGCAAUUAUCUUCGCGUAUGAUACUUGAAAAAAAAAAAUGUCACAUUAAUAAAGUCACUGUAAAGUCAACGUUGAUAAAUCAGAUUUUCUUAAGAAAAUUGGGCGAUACCGAGAAGAAGACUAAUUAUGUCGCCGUUUUUAAAAAUUUUUUAAGAAUCUUAAUAUUUAUAUAUAUAGAAUAUCUGAUCUCUCUGCAGCAACGAUCGCACAAUCAUUAAGUGGCAAAGCGACGACUCUUUGGUCCCCUUGAUUUUUCUGACAAGCAUUAGAAGCCGAGCAUUAAUACGGAUAUAUUAAUUUUGUGUUGCGUGUGGCAGUAAAAAUUCAUCAGACGCGAGUUGGCGUGUAAACUGCCGCGUCUGAUCGACGCGCUGGCGUGUCGAAAAGAAAAAUUAGUGCCACAUCGCGCCUGAGUUUAUUAUUUUUGUACAACGAAUAAAAAGAAAGCGAGAUCGCGCCGCGCGAUCCCUUAAACAUUUUGCCAAACGACGUACGAUUUUAAGUGAAGUAGAUCAGUAACAUUGCGACAAUUCGUAUGUUAAGACGUAUUGGAAGUGCUUCCUGUUUGAAUGUGUUUCCGUUUGAAACAUAUCGGACAGAUCCUCUAUCUGUCUUGAUCGAUACCAAUCGUAUCCACAAAGGAGUCCGCAGUUCUUUACGUGACUUCUUAUCAUUUGUAAGCGCAUCAUCUUUAUCAUUUACGUCGUACCUGAAAUGUUUUACAUUGAUACAAAUUGCGCUUUCAUUGGGGAAGUUACGUAAUAAAAUUAAAUAUAUCGCUGUUAUCACACUUUAUUUGAUCGCUCUAUUAAUGUUGAUAACCAUUUUUUUGCAUCUAGUCAAUCAUGUGAUAAGAAAUUUGAGUAGAAUCCGAUAAGAGCAUCGUAAUGUAUAUUGAAAGUUGCUACUUAAAAGAGAAAGAGAAAAGAGAGAGAAAGAGAGAGAGAUCGUAUUUACUAUAUAUUGUUAAAAUGCUAGAGGGUAGAUCGGUGUUGCAUUUUCGAUUACCGUCCCUCUCUCCUAACUGUUUUAGCGAGCGUAUAUACGUAGAUUGUAAAUAAACGAGACCAAGGAGUGUCGAUGAAAAUUCGCGUUCGAGUGUGCUAUCGUUCUAUUAAAUUAUUUUUUUCACGCGAAAAAGCAUUCGGAUGCGUAUCGUCGUACACUCGAAACCGACAGCCUAAUUUUCUCGAAAAUAAUUUUGCUAACGUUAAUUAGCUAAUGAAAGAAACACAAUACGGAAUCUGACGUCACAAAUCAGUGAGGUCGCGAACAGCCUUUUGCCCCGUGUCUUCCACACGAGUCCUCCGAAUCGUUUCAGAUAUUUUAUAUUCCCGAGACCCUCCUACAGAUAGAGAUUUCUUUCAAUAACGAAAAAAAAAAACGCUAGGAUCUUUUUAAUAAAUAGUUAAGAAAUAUUUAUUUAAGAAAUAUAUAUUCGAUACUCCCGAUAAUCCCCUGUAUCCUUUCUUCCGAGAUAAUUCGCGACUUCAUUGGAGACUCUAUAUUUUUGGAUACUACUUCCUUCUCCUUACCUCAUCUCUUCGAAAAUACGUAUAAUCACAUAUCCACGAGAGACCAAACACAGGAAAAACAAACAAACGGAAUAAAAAAAAAAAAAUGAGAGACGCAAGCACGCAGGCCAAUUAUAUUUGUACAUACAUAUAACUUUUCGAGUAGAUAAAAAAUAACAGAGAAACGUCGUUCGAUAAAGUAAUAUCUUUAGAGGUUCUAGAUUCGGUACAGUUUGAUGAACGCGAUCGUCGCUAGCCACGAGAAGAAACGAUCAAAUUAGCCUGAUACAACUUGUAAAUCAAAUCAUUGAAGAGAAGCGAGAUAUGGGCCAAUUAUAUUUAUACGCGUAGAUGCCGUUAAAUUGCAAUUGUCAUACCACAAACUACUUUCGCAGAAUAUGUAGAUCAAACUAUAAUUAGCUAAUUUAUACGAUAAUUUAUAUCGUAUAUCUAUCAGUGUACUUGACAAUAUUGCGAGCGACGAGUAAUAAAUCCCCCACAAUUUCUUGAAAAUAUUUUUCGCUGUCCCCGCUUAAUUCUUAAAAGAUAAUAUUUUCAUAUCUAAAUAUUUUUCAAUUGGUUUUUUUGCCGAUGUAUUUUAUAUAUAAUCUCUCUUUCUUUUCCUUCAAAAAAAGUAUUUUUCACACUAUCUAAAAUAUAUUUUCUUCUCGUACGGUUUUAAUAAAUUUAUAUAAAUUUUAAUCCACACACACGUAUAUACAAACACAUUGCAAAAAAAAAUUCCCAAAUGUCGACGGCGAAAGACUAACAUUUACAAAUUGCAAAAGUGCAACAACUUGGCAAGUGCAACAAAUAUCAUGUUAUAUACAUAGCAGUAACGAACAAUGGCUACUAAUAACGUUAAUUACUGUAAUUAAUGUUCGACGCUCCUUGGACCUCCGGCUAAACCCCCGCAUCGAGAGAAUCAUCGACUAUAAACAGACAGUGUUUAUCGAACGUUACGUCUCGGUUGCAAACGUUGUAAACAUUUGUUGUGCCGCCGUAGGAUGUUGCAACGAGUUGCAUGUAAUUGCCAAAUUCGCCUCCAAAAGCAUGGGCGCCGCCGAUAGAAAAUUAAUACCCGUAAAAUAAUAAUCGAGUUUUUUUAGUGAUUUUAACUUUGACUUCAAUUUAACAUUUCAACUGCCACGUGAACAUUUUAAUCUUUUAUAAUGUUAUAAAUUUUGUAGAUUAUAGAGUAAUAUAUAAUAUAUAAAGUUAUGUGAAUUAUCUCUAUUUUAUUAAAUAAUCAAAGAUAAGAUUAAUGAUAACAUGCUAUUUAUCCAUGAUAAAAACAUGAAUAAAUGA